UGUCCAAUGGAGCCUGGAACUGCCGGUGACAACGGAGACCGAAUCAAGGUUUGUGGCAGCAGCAAGCAGGUUAAAUCAAUGGACUCCAAAGGGCCAUAUGUUGAGAAGAGAGGACCGUAUUUGAUGAGUAAAGGGCCUUCGAUUCAAGCCAAACUGCAGAGGCAGCGUGAUCUGGCACGGGCAGCAUUGCGUAAGAAGGGCAUGCUAGGAGUACCUGGAAAAGGGAAGGCUGAAACCAAAAGGACAGUAAAGUUUAAUAAAGGAUAUGCAGCUCUCAGCCAGGCUUUUGAUGAGACCCUUGUGUCCCUGGAUUCAGACAGUGAUGCAGAACUGGAAUCAAAAUGCUCCUCUGGAUAUUCUUCAGCAGAGCAGGUUUCCCAGGACCUUAGUAGACAACUGUUACAGGAUGGGUAUCGCCUGGAUGAGAUUCCAGAUGAUGAGGACCUGGAUUUAAUUCCUCCAAAGCCUAUGCGUUCUGUAUCAUGCCCUUGCUGUCUAGGAGAGACCUCGUCCUGUAGCAUCCAGUGAUGAAGGUGGAGGGGCUUGCACUGCUCUGAUCCUGCCGAUAACCUUCAUUGCAUAUGUUGAAGAGGUAGCCUGCGUGUGAGGGUAUAUAUGAUGAUGACCAGAUGUACCUCCUAUGGAACAUGGCUGUCCUCAUCAUGUAUGACAAGACACCAAAGAAGAUCUCAAAGUUACUGAGAACUCCUGGUUUUUCUCCAGGUUUCCAUGUUGUAUACUAUGACUUGAAGGAAAAUGUUAAUCAAUGUGUCCGCAGCUGCUUUUGUGCGAGGACACAGAGACUUGGACACUAAUGUUAAAGGGUUAUGUAUGUUUCAUUGUAUAUAGAAAAGUGUGAUCACAGAACCUGCUGGGAAGGUCUCUUGUGACAUAAAGUGGAAGGAGGUCUGUGCGUGUCUGUUUACAAUCGCACACAAUCUAUGCCUAACUUUAGAAGCUGGCAUAAUUUUGCAAGUAUCUAUUGUAUUGCACAAGUGGGUCAGGUAAAGGGAACAACUUUCAAUAGAUUGGGCUGCAUAUCAAUUCCGAGACCUUACUAAUUGUUACAGGUUAUAGUGAAGCCAUCUUUUCAAACUGAAAAAAUAGGCUUUUUAGUUCUACAUAUUAUUUUGAUAAAUUAAAAGAUACUGCUUUAUUGGUCUGCCCCUGUUUCCGUACAAGGUUGUCUGGCACACCCUGCCGUGUCACUUGGAUCUAUAUCUGAGUCAAAAUAUCAAGAUCAAUCUUAAAAGGUGUAUUUUUUGUUUGUUUUUUCAUCCUUUUUGUUACCUAUUGUGUAUGCUUCUUAGUUCACAUUUUUUUUUAUUUAUUUAUUUUUUAGAUCAAUAGAGUUCUUGGGGUGCCACAUGGAAGUUUGUGAAAUGUAUGAUGGAGUAAAAAGAAAUACAACUAAUAUUAUGGUUUCUAGUUACAGAGGAUGAAGUACUUUGUUACAGAACAGACAUUAGGAUUCCACUGAAUGUUUAUUUGGAUUACUGGGGGUCUGUCUAUAUUCCAAAAAGAAAUAGAUUACAAACACUGUUACAACUGAGAAAGUCUGUUCCAGUACACACAAUAUAUAUUUAGUAAGAUUCUAUAUACUGUUUAUGGGGAGAGGUGUGAGAGGUUGUGUUUUUGGUCUGAGCUUUGACAGAUAAUGGGAAGCAGCUAUUUAACAUUUUCCUAUGUAUGUUUAUCACUUGUUCUGUAACCAAAUUAGGUGUUCAUUACUUGUAGAUCUAUAAGACUUUAAAAGAGGGAACUCAAUUUAUAUUGUUAAAGGGGAAAAAAAAAAAAUUAAAUUCAAAAUGGUAAUUUUUUUUUUUUAAAACGAAAUUAUAUUCAAAACACUAAUUUAUAUUAUUUUUUACAUUUUAAUCAGAUUGAUGCUUUUCUUGUUUAAAUAUUUUACUAUUCUGCUAGAAGUGUUUACCUCUUUUUCUACCUAUAGUACUGCAUUCAUAAUUAGAAUGCGAGGCCUUAGUGCGCAGGACAAUCUGCAAAUGGUUCUGUUUAUUGAUCUAUAUGUAUUUGUAUGUGCAACUAUUACAUAAAUGUCAGAUGUUUAUCUGGUGUAGGUGUAUUUAGUGGUAUAUUAAAAUGUAUCACUACCUAGGCAGCAGUUUAUCUCUGUACUAAGAUUUCACUGUAUGUACAAUUGUGUAUAGCUUUGCAUCUCAUGAAAACGUUCUAGCUAGCCAGUGAUGUGGGAGGGGGUGUUACUGUAUAUGUUGUAUUUAACAUCCACACAAAAAUUCUCAUACCUCUUUAACUCUUCUGUAUAACCAUGAUUAUUUUUUUUUUCUCUCUGGUCUUGAUCAACCAUCCAAACACAAAUGUACACACUUUCGAUAAGAUAUAUAUGAAUAUAUUUUCUACAAUAACAGGCUUCAGGGAACAUAUGGUAUAGAAGAAGCAAUAGAGACCAGGCUACAGUACCAAAUUACAACUACAAGUAGGUCUUAGCAAGAAACCAUAUUGAGACAUGUAUGUGAGGUUUUGUAUAUAAACUUACACCACUCCUUACCAAUUCCAGCAUAACACUGUGCCUGGUGUACACACGGGGUGUGCAUGUGUAUUACCACCCAUAGCCUAGUAGUUUUCUACAACCCACCCUCAUGGUGUAACGUUUCUUAUGUAUAUAUUUUGUUUAGGGCUGGGGUGGCAAAUUCUAUUAAGAACAUAUACCCAGAUUCAUGAUAAUCGUAAAAAAAAAAAAAACACUAUGCCUUUAAUAUUUGCUUUGUGAGCAAGUGCAGGCAUCUGCUCCUAGGCCUAAGGAAGGUUAGCAAUCAAAGGGUCUUUUUUUUUUUUUUUCUUCCCCUUACUGUUCAUGGGCUGAAAACGGCAACCUGAGAGCGAGCAAUCUUUCUCAAUGACAAGUUGAACACAAACGUGCAUUUACUGUUAUUUGCAAAUAAAAUUUUCAUGCAAAAAUAAAUGAUAGUAAUACUGCAGCAUUUGUUUUGUACUUCCUACUAAUCCUCACUGGAAAAGCACAGCUGCCACUGCUUUAUUACUGGAGAGGGACACUCCUCUGCGAAUAUGACAAGAAAACAAUUUAUUUUGGACAAGACAAAAAUAAAAAAAAGCAUUGCUGCUUGGUGCUUUACAGUAUAUUCCAUCCUCAAAGAAAGCAAGAGUCAGGAAAAAAAAUAGAACAUUUGAAAUAGUGUCUGCUGCUGGAAAUCAAACUGGUGAAGGUGCUUGAUCCUAAGUUGGCACCAGGGACAUGGGGAUAGUGCAAGCAAGUACCCUCGCUGUCAUCUGCUUUCCUGGUACUACAACAGGAUAAGGCACUGCCAUCAUCCUCACAUACUACCCAUCCCAAAAAAAACGCAAAACAUUGUCAGUAUUUUAUGCUUCUUUCUGUCUAAUAAAGAAAAGAUUUUUUGGAA